UUCGGCUUGGAAAAUCCAACCGCCAAAAUUGAGCCCAGCAGCUGGAGCGGCAGUGAGAGCCCUGCCGAAAACAUGGAAAGGAUGAGUGACUCUGCAGAUAAGCCAAUUGACAAUGACGCAGAAGGGGUCUGGAGCCCCGACAUUGAGCAGAGCUUUCAGGAGGCCCUGGCUAUCUAUCCACCAUGUGGGAGGAGGAAAAUCAUCUUAUCAGACGAAGGCAAAAUGUAUGGUAGGAAUGAAUUGAUAGCCAGAUACAUCAAACUCAGGACAGGGAAGACGAGGACCAGAAAACAGGUGUCUAGUCAUAUACAGGUCUUAGCAAGAAAGAAAGUUCGAGAAAUUCAAGCCGCCAUUAAGGUGUCUAGUCACAUUCAGGUUCUUGCCAGAAGGAAAUCUCGUGAUUUUCAUUCCAAGCUAAAGGUAACAAGCAUGGAUCAGACUGCAAAGGAUAAGGCCCUGCAACACAUGGCAGCCAUGUCCUCAGCCCAGAUAGUCUCAGCCACUGCCAUUCACAACAAGCUGGGGCUGCCUGGGAUUCCACGCCCGACCUUCCCAGGGGCACCGGGGUUUUGGCCAGGAAUGAUACAAACAGGGCAGCCAGGAUCCUCGCAAGACCUGAGUUCCGAGGUGAGAUGAAUGGCCAGCAUUAAAGUGGUGAUUGGUCUUUCAGGGUUUGAACCUGCGUCAGCCCCGGCUCCCUUGGUCCCUGCCUGGCAGGGCCGCUCCAUUGGCACAACCAAGCUUCGCCUGGUGGAGUUCUCAGCUUUUCUUGAACAGCAGCGAGACCCAGACUCGUACAACAAACACCUCUUCGUGCACAUUGGGCACGCCAACCAUUCUUAUAGUGACCCAUUGCUUGAAUCAGUGGACAUUCGUCAGAUUUAUGACAAAUUUCCUGAAAAGAAAGGUGGCUUAAAGGAACUGUUUGGAAAAGGCCCUCAAAAUGCCUUCUUCCUCGUAAAAUUCUGGGCAGAUUUAAACUGCAAUAUUCAAGAUGAUGCUGGGGCUUUCUAUGGUGUAACCAGUCAGUAUGAGAGUUCUGAAAAUAUGACCGUUACCUGCUCCACCAAAGUUUGCUCCUUUGGGAAGCAAGUAGUAGAAAAAGUAGAGACGGAGUAUGCAAGGUUUGAGAAUGGCCGAUUUGUAUACCGGAUAAACCGCUCCCCAAUGUGUGAAUAUAUGAUCAACUUCAUCCACAAGCUCAAACACUUACCAGAGAAAUAUAUGAUGAACAGUGUUUUGGAAAACUUCACAAUUUUAUUGGUGGUAACAAACAGGGAUACACAAGAAACCCUCCUCUGCAUGGCUUGUGUAUUUGAAGUUUCAAAUAGUGAACAUGGAGCACAACAUCAUAUUUACAGGCUUGUAAAGGACUGA